AGGUUGUAAGAGGGGCUUGACUAAUCGGACGCAUGCACAGGUAGGAUCUCAUUUGGUACAAUGGACACUAGAGAUGAAAGCUCCAUGUUCCCUGCAGACCUGAGCUCUGUACUGGAUCCCACAUCAUGCAGUCUUGUAGGUGACCCCCUAGUCUCUGACUCCUCAGCACUGAAUGAUCAAGCAACACAUCCAUUGAAGGUAUUUUUGAGAGUCCGACCAUUUUCAAAGGCAGAGCUUGCAAAUAACGAGUCCCAGGAUUGUGUGACCAUUGAGAACUCUGAGAUGGUUUCGCUGUGUGCUCCUAAAGACUCCUCUACAAUGAAAAACUGUGAAAGAGGCAUUGGGCAGUCUGUGCAUAAGUUUACCUUCUCCCGGAUCUUUGGACAUGAGACGACACAGGCAGAGUUUUUUGAAGGCACAAUAAAGGAUCUGGUCACCUCUUUUGCCAAUGGACAGAAUGGGCUUGUUUUUACAUAUGGCGUAACCAAUGCUGGAAAAACAUUUACAAUCCAAGGAAGCCCAAAAGAUGGAGGUAUACUUCCACGAGCGCUGGAUGUCCUUUUUGAUCAUAUUAGAGGUCGGCAGUACCCUAAGAAGAAUCUCAAGCCCUAUCUAGGCAAUGAUGUUAUGAAGCUAGAUGCUGCCCAAGUAAAGCAGGAGGAAGCUAUAAAAGCCUCCCUCCUCUCCAGUAUAAAGGAGGAUGGUAUGAAGACUGUUAAGAGCUCAGUCAAUCUACAGAAUGUGUCUGAUCUUUCACCUGGCUAUCUAGGUGAUGACACAAACAUUUACCAAUUUGCUACUUGGGUAUCUUUCUUUGAAAUCUACAAUGAGUAUGUAUAUGACCUUCUGGACCAGUUCCCUUCAUCAAAGAACCAAAAGAGACCAACAUUGAAGAUCUGUGAUGAUCAGUCAGGCACUUCCUAUGUUAAAGACUUAAAGUGGUUAAAUAUUACCAGCACCGAGGAAGCGUGCAAGAUAUUACUGAUUGGCAACAAAAAUCGAAGUCUAGCAUCAACCAGGAUGAACCAGCAGUCCAGUCGAAGUCAUAGUAUAUUUACAAUCAGACUCCUAAAAUUAGGUCCUGGUGAUGAACCCAGCAUCCUUGGAGUGUCGGAAAUGUCGCUGUGUGAUCUGGCUGGGUCUGAACGUUGUAACAAAACACAAACUGUUGGUGACCGAUUGAAAGAGGCCGGAAAUAUAAAUAAUUCGCUGCUCAUCCUUGGCAAAUGUAUUGCAGCUCUGAAGCAGAGUCACAUCCCAAAAAAAGCCAGCUAUGUCCCAUUCAGGGAAAGUAAACUCACCCGCCUUUUUCAGCCCUUCUUCUGUGGGAAGGGCAUAGCCUGCAUGAUUGUGAAUAUCAACCAGUGUGCUUCAACAUAUGAUGAAACGCUACAUGUCAUGAAGUUUUCCGCUGUUGCUAAACAAGUUGUUCAGACCAUUCAGCCCAGAAACUUUGAUUUCAUGAACCCAAGAAUAGUGGGAAAAGAUGGUAAGGUUCUUAUAGAGCUUGAUGCUAAUGUAUCUAUUGAGGACCUUCUAUCGGAGGGUGAAGAUGAAGAAUUGGACAUGACUAUACUGGGUCCAGAGGAUCUACUGAGAAAAAUAGAGGAGUUUAGGGAGAAGCUGAUAACCGAGCGACACAGCAAAUUGCUUCUGGAAAUGCAAAUAAGAAAAGAAAUGGGGGAGGCAAUGUAUCAGCAGAUGGUGCAUCUGGAUGAGACUUGGAGUAAACGUUUGGAAGAUUACAAAGAAACUACAGAGGAACAAUUGGAGAACAGAUUGGAAAUGUACAGGAAGGCCAUAAAGAAUCAUGCUUAUCGCCAAGCAAUGGAAGACCUUGAAGACGAGUAUGUCCCCUUAGAUGAGUUUCAGGCUGAACAGGAAAAAGUUGAGGAGAGGGAUCGAAGGAUUGAAGAUUUGGAGAUUGCACUCUGUUCAAGUAAACAGUCAAAUGACGAUGUAACUGGCAAAGAACAGGAUCCCGUGUCUGGUGCUGUGACCGCAUUAACAAAACGUUGCCAAGAUAAAGAAAAGGUGAUAGUUGGUUUGAAGUUACAGAUACAGAAUAUUAAGGAUGAAGGUGAUCUGGAUGUAAGAAGACUGACUGAAGAAAAUGAAAUGUUGAAGCAGCACCUUAAAAUAAAGGAACAGGAGAUCCGAGGUCUCCAGAACCUGGCAGAACGGGCCAUUCAGCUGGAAGCUUCUGUAACUGAACUUCAGCAGGAGCUUGAUGAAUCCAGGAAGCUUGGUUCAGCCAUGGACAUAAGGGAACCCAAACCCAAAAAAGGCUUGUUUUCCAACCUCCGAAACACAAUGACGCCAAAGAAGGCUAAAUCAUUGGAGAAAACGGAGGAGACCCCAGGCUUGUCCAGAAAGAAACCUUUGCUGUCUCGUAAAUGAGAAAUGUAUUCAUUAUUUGUGUGUAGAUAUAAUUUAUUGUUUUAUUCUGUAAUUUCAAUAAAAUUUCAAUAUUGUCAGUUA